AUGAUAUCGAUAUCGGGUUCUUUCAGGAGACCGGUUACUGCUUUGAACUGUAAUUUCCAGAGCAUUCGAUCGGUUAUAUAUCUUCAUAAGGGUCCAAGAAUUAAUGGUUUGAGACGAGAUCCAGAGUCGUAUUUGAGAAACCCUAGUGGAGUGCUUUUCACCGAAAUCCAGGUAAAGGAAUGCCAGGAUAAGGUCAGAUCCAUACUACAAUUACCCAAGUACGGAAUAAAUCUCUCUAACGAGCUGAUUUUGCAAUGCUUAACUCACAAAUCGUUUGCACACGGUUCCAAACCGUACAAUGAAAAACUGAGUUUGCUAGGUUCACAGUUUUUGAAACUUCAAACAUCUAUUCACUCUUUAAAAAACGAUCCGCCCACGGAAAGCCGCGAGAAUGGACCACUUUCCUUGCAGUUCAAUAAUUUGGGCACAAAAUUUGCCAAGGAAUUGACGUCCAAAAAGACAGCAUCGGCAUUCAUCAAAUCACACAAUCUGAGCCCUUUCAUAUUCUGGAAAAUGAAAGACCCAUUGAAAGACGGCCAAAUAAAUGGCGAAACCACGAUAUUUGCCAGUGUCUUAAAUGCAUUCAUUGGCGCGAUUUUAUCCACUAAUGGUUCGGAAAGGGCUUCCAAAUUCAUCGAUGGAAGUUUACUGGAUAAGGGAGAUCUCCACUCGUUGACCAACAUUGCUAAUGAGAAUGUUGCAUCUACAAAGACAACUAUACCGAUAAAGGAAAAGGAAAAUGAAGCUACCCUGUAG